CCAUGGCUAUUAUAUAAUAAAAAUGUAUUUACAAUAAGAACAUUUAAACAUAAUUGCUACUACAAAAUUUAUUAAUAUAUAUUUUAAUUUUUCUUACACAAUUAUAAAAAAUAAACAAUAAACAAUAACUAAACAAUCUUAUGGAAUCCUUAAUUCAUACAAUUAACAAGUUGCAAGAAGUUUUUGCAGUGAUUGGUGAUCAUAAAAUUAAUUUACCCCAGAUUGUUGUUGUUGGAUCUCAAAGUUCUGGUAAAAGCUCAGUCCUCGAGAGUUUAGUGGGUAAAUCGUUUUUACCAAGAGGUACUGGUAUUGUAACUCGUGCUCCGCUAAUUCUCCAAAUAGUAAGAUAUAAUAAAGAAGAUAGAGAUUCAAUGUUGGAAAUAACAAAAAAUGAUAAAAUAAAAGAAUGGGCAUGGUUUUUACAUAAACCUAACACCGUGUUUCAAAAUUUUGACGAUGUGCGUUUGGAAAUUGAAAAUAGAACAAAUUAUUUAGCUGGUCACAAUAAUGGCAUAACACAUGAGCCAAUAGUAUUAAAAGUAUAUACUCUUUUAUAUGAUCUAACUUUUGUAGACUUGCCAGGACUUACCAAACUUCCUGUUGGUGACCAACCCGAAGAUAUUGAUGAACGGAUUCAAGAUUUAAUAUUAAAAUAUGUUCAACAACCAAAUUCUAUUAUUUUGGCAGUAGUUACUGCCAAUACAGAUCCGUCUACUAGCGAAAGUCUUAAGAUUGCCAGGAAAAUUGACCCAGAAGGGGUCAGGACAGUAGCUGUAGUAACCAAGCUAGAUCUUAUCGAUAAGGGUACAAUACAAGACACAGUAGAACUUCUUUGUGGUUACAAAAUUCCUGUUAAGCUUGGCAUAAUUGGAGUUGUCAACCGAAGUCAAAAAGAUAUUUUUGACAAUAAAUCCAUGAAAGAAACUUUGAAGUCUGAAAAAGAAUUUUUAAAAGCCAAUUAUCCUGAAAUUCACAAAAAACAUGGUAAUCAAAUGCUAGCUAAUACUCUGCAGAAUAUACUACUAAUGCAUAUAAAAGAAACAUAUCCGGUGUUACGCAAGGAAUUAUAUGAUACCAAAGAUCGAUUAGAAAAUCAACUAAAAACAUUGAAAACGCCGGACCAGAAGGUUUCUUUUGUUUUAGGUUUAUUAAAUGAUGUGUGUAAAUCAUACUGUGAUACAGUUGCUGGAAACAGAAAAGAUUUAUCUGAAAGCGCACUUGUGGGAGGAGCAAAAAUUUCUCAAAUCAUACACAAUGAAUAUGUAGAAAAAUUAGAUAAAAUUGAUCCGCUUCUUGACUUAACUGAUGAAAAGAUAGGAAACAUUUUAUUAAACUCAGCAGGAACCAAUAAAAGUUCAUUUGUUAAUGAGAAGGCACUAGAAAUUAUGGUAGGCAAACAAUUACAAAAUCUUAUUGAACCAGCAAUGAUUUGUGUUGACCUAGUCGGUGCUGAAAUGUUGAGGAUUUUUGAAUCUAUUGAUCAAAGUAUUUUGGAUACACUCAAAAGAUUUCCAAAACUGAAUACUGAUGUAAAAAUGGUGUUGAACCAAAUGAUUGAUUACACAUUACUAAGCAUUAAAGAAUUUAUAAGAUCUUAUAUUGAAACCUAUCAAGCAUGUUUGAAUACAACAAACCCAGAUUUCAUCUUAGAACUAGUUAAAUCAUCUGAUGUAAUUCAAGAUGCAUUUAUAUCAACACACGUAACAAACAAAAAAGGUUUGACAAAUGAUGAAUUUACAAGAGCUGAAGAAGAAAGAACUAAACAAUUAUUUAAACAAAUACUAUCAGGUCUUAACGAUCUAGAUAAAACAAUGGAAUCUUCUAAACAAGUCAAAAUGCAUAAAAAUUUAACACGUUGUUACUUUGAGUUUGUCAGAAAAAAUGUACGAGAUUUUGUGCCAAAGCGUAUAAUAUUUAAGAUGGUGAAUCAUGUUUUGAACAGUAUAGACCAACAUAUGCAUAAAUUAGUGUUUACUCCAUACGUAGUUAAUCGGUCUAUUGAUCAAGUGCUUGUUGAAGAAGAACAUAUAGUUGAUGAUAGACACAGAGUUGAGCGACUACUAGUCGCUGUUAAUAAAGCUUUGAAAAAUAUGGCUGAUAUCCAAGUACAUUAAAAUUUGAUUUUAAAACUGUAAUAUAACAAUCUAAAAUGAUUUCAAAUAAUAAAUUAUACUAUUGACACAUUUUAAA